CCUUUGACCAAUCUCCUCUCGUUGUAUGCGUUCUUUCCCUGCCCAGCCCACCCUACCUCCAUCUCCAUCCGACCCUCCCUCGUCUCUUUCCCUCGUCCCUCCCCCCUAGAGCCAGAAUCUCCCCCUGGUUGUGUCGCGGGCGCGCGCUAUAAAGCUGACAGCUCCGCCACUUUCUUCAGAUCGGAGGACUCCGACCUGCUGCGCGCGCCAAGCCGUCCUCCACUCCACUGACCCCUGGAUUAACCGGCCAAUUGCCGCCGCCUGUCGCCCCGCUGUCCCUCUACCUCCAUCGGGUGCCCACAGCAGCAGCGUCCCCCCCCCCCUCCCCCCGGCCCAAGUCUCCAACUCUCACCUUUGUUCUGCAGCCAUGGGGUGCGUGGUGUCCAUUUCGCCGGGGCUGCUGUGAGGCGGAUAGCGGGUGGAUUUAUGGUCCGGAGAGCCGCAGCGACCAGCCGAGGGACGUUAGCGGAACUUUGAGCUCCGAGAGGAUGCGGGUGACGCGCUGGUGCGCCGUGCUCCUCCUGCCGCCUGCACUUUUCCUGGUUACAACUGUCCACGCCUCAAAGUCGGACGUUGUCAAGUCAGGAAGCCCCAAAUCCACACUCAAGCAUAUAUGGACAGGAAGCAGUAAGGACAUGUCCAUCAGUAGGCUGCUGUCACAGACUCUACAUGGAAAAGAGAACAGCACAGCCUUGGACCUCCGCUAUGAUACUCCAGAGCCCUACUCCGAGCAGGACCUGUGGGACUGGCUGAGGAACACCACGGACUUGCAGGACUCGCGGCCCCGGGCCAAACGACGGCCAAUGGUUAAGACGGGAAAGUUCAAGAAGAUGUUUGGCUGGGGGGACUUUCACUCUAACAUCAAAACAGUCAAACUCAACCUGCUCAUCACCGGUAAGAUUGUGGAUCACGGCAAUGGCACCUUCAGUGUCUACUUCCGCCAUAACUCCACAGGCCAGGGCAACGUGUCCGUUAGCCUGGUACCUCCCACCAAGAUAGUGGAGUUUGAUGUGGCUGCACAGCAGUCCGUCAUCGACGCAAAGGACUCAAAGUCCUUCAACUGCCGCAUUGAGUACGAGAAGGUGGAGAAGGGUGCCAAAAACACACUCUGCAACUUCGACCCAUCCAAGACCUGCUACCAGGAGCAGACCCAGAGCCACGUCUCCUGGCUCUGCUCCAAACCUUUCAAAGUCAUCUGCAUCUUCAUUUCCUUCUAUAGCACCGACUACAAACUGGUGCAGAAAGUUUGCCCAGACUAUAACUACCACAGUGACACGCCCUACUUCCCCUCCGGCUGAUCGUCCCAUAUUGUUGUCUCAUAUAAACCGAAAACUGGACAAGUGGAGCACAGACUGGGGCUUCUCCCCAUCCCAGAGAAAUGUGUAUGUUAGCCUUACUGUCCCUUACCAUUUCCAUGUCACAGAGUCAGCCAUCCUAACUGCUUCCGCAACUUCAAUGUUCAGAAUUUUGCAGAGAGUUCAUUCAUUUUUAAGUUAAAAGGUGGUAUAUAACACUGUCAAGUGCUUAAAAUGACCCCAAAAACUCUGUGAUUACAAUCAUAAUUAGCAGUUUUCCUCAGUUAUUUUUUGUCACUGUUGUGUAAAAAGCAGCAUUUUUGUAUCCUUUUGGGAUGACUUUUGAACUCUGCCCUUUGAUGUAUGCUUUAUUUUUACAAACACACUUCUAGAUGUUUCUAA